CUUCUUCUUCUUCUUCUUCUUCUCUCUCUAAUGUGCUUGCUUAUACACUAGAAUGCAAUAGCAAUGGACGAUCUCCCAAUACAGAAGCUCCAAAUAUCGGGCCCCACUCUCGCCUCUCUCCUCCAGCGUUUCUCCUCCUCUCCAGGUGACCUCCACGGCCUCCUCUUAGGACACAUCACCCACUCCACUCCCUCUACUCUUGCCGACGACACCAUCACCUCCACGACGCCCUCACCCACCCUCAUUGCCACCAUCACUUCCUUCCUCUCAGCCCCCUCAACCUCCUUCUUCUCCCCUUCUGGACACCUCAACCCCUCUUUUCAUAACCUCUCCUCCACCCUCCUCGGCUGGUUUUCCGGCCGCCGAAGAACCCCUCUCCGCCUCUCCCUCCGCGAGUCCUCCAUCACAUGGUCUCUCUCCUCCAACAUCCAGCACUCCAUCCCAGUCCAAAACUCUCCACAAUGCCUCACUCUCUCUCCUUGUCUCUUCCUUCUCUUAACCACACCGUUCCAAGACCAACUAAUCCAUACCCACGAAUACAAAGCCUUCCAAUUUCGCAUUUCCACUGGUUCUUUCGAACCCAAAACCCUAGAUGUCGUGAAUAUUGGACCGGCUUUUGGGGGGCACUAUACUAAUUUUUGCCCGAGCUCGCCGUUCCCCGUGAUGGUUUGUGAAUGGAGGGGUUUGAAUUCAAUGGUGGAGGAUGAGAAUAACCAGAGAUUGAGGACUACGAGGAGCUUUUUCAAGGAUCAGAAGGAAUUGGAUUUGGUUGCGGAGGGGUUUGAGAUUGGGAGGCUGAGUCGGUUGAUAGGGCCGGAGUUCUCAAAUUAUAGAGCUGACUUGGAGGAUUUGUACAAUAAAAUGCUUGCCAAGCUUGAUGGGUUGGCAAGGAUGGUGGAAAAGAGUUCAGCUAGGGUUCUUGAGCAGGAAAAUCACAAUAUGAAACUGAGGUGCAAAGUUGCUGGCUUGGAAUAGUUUGUUGAUACUUAAUGGCACGUUCUUUUGUUUAUUAAAGCUGGAAAGUGCCUCUUGACGAAGUGCAGCUUGAUUUGUAAAACCCAGAUUAUGGUAGAGCUGGUGCUAUUGUCUUUUGUUGCUGGACUUUUAGUGGUCUUUAAGAUGAAGAUGGCUUAAAUCAUGGCCCUGUCCUGUUUUUGUUCAUACCGGCCAGGUUUAUCUGCUAUUUCUUCUUGCUUAGAAGCUUAUCUGUAGGAAAUGAGAAAGAAGAAUGAAAUUGAUCAAGCAGGUUUUUCGAUGUCUUGCAAGUGACCCUCAUCUGUGUGCGUCUAUUCAUUCCGUUUGUUUUAUUUUUCAUUUCUUUCCAAUUUCAUUUGCUUUUUUUCUUGUAAGGUUAGUGAGAUGUCUUGGGAAGCUGUCUCGAGUUGUAAAUGAAGCCUGUAGCUGCUUGGAUUUUAGAAUGUGUAACCCAUAUCAGAACAUGAGGCUUGCCCGUGUAUGUAAUGUAAUUGGUUGACUACUGUAAUUACCGG